UGCGCGUUAUGUAUGUCUCGCAUAAACCGGAAGGGGUCUAGAAAAAAAGGAGCAGAGGACCGUGUGAUGUGAAUGUUCCAGUUCUAUCGCUUUAUAUCAAGAUAUAUGUACCCCGGAAACCACUCAGGCAUACAGUGAACAUCUCUUUUAUUAUUUGACCAGAAAGUCAGAUUUUCUUUCCUGAAAAAGAAAGCAUGCCUCCGAAGUUUAAGCGGCACCUCCAUGAUGAGGAGGUCACGGGAUCAAUCAAAAGUGAAAGAAGAAACCUUUUGGAAGAAGACUCUGAUGAAGAGGAAGAUUUCUUCCUGAGGGGACCUUCUGCUCCUAAGUUUGGACCCAGGAAUGACAAGAUCAGACACGCACAGAACCAGGUGGAUGAAGUCAUUGACGUCAUGCAGGAAAACAUCACCAAAGUGAUAGAAAGAGGAGAACGGUUGGAUGAACUUCAGGACAAGUCGGAAAGUUUAUCAGACAAUGCCACAGCAUUCAGCAGCAGAUCAAGACAACUCAGAAGGCAGAUGUGGUGGAGGGAGUGUAAGAUGAAGGCAAUUGUGGCCCUGGUUAUCAUUCUCAUUCUGCUAGUGAUUAUCAUACCCAUAAUUCUGAAGUACCGCUCCUAACUUUCAGUUUGAAAGCCCCAAUGGAGAUUCUGAAAACACAGCAAACCCUCUGUACAGAACGGUGUAUUUUUUUUUUUUCUGUUGUCAGUUUAUCCCCUUCAUGCCUGAGGGAAGUGCAUUGUAUUGUCUUGUUAUGCAUUUGCCUUUCUGCUUCAAGCAGAGGGGGCAGAUUAACAUUCCUCAUGGACAUUUUGUACAGAGACAAAUUUAUGUAAUUGAAUAAGAAGAUAUGUGUUGGGAAAAUCCUCAAUCAUUCUAUUUAUUGUUUUGUCACUUUAAAUUAUUAUUUUUUUUUCCUAGCAUGAGGUAAACUUGACUCAUCAGAUAUUUCUGGAUAUUUUCAGAAAUUUUGCUCACCUACCGGUUAGGUGAAACAAUGCUACUGAUUUCUUUCUUUAAUUAGAUGGGCAUUUUUCAUUGUGUCUGUGCACUAAUUUAUAAAAAAAAAAAAAAAUAGAAUCUGGAAUUAUGAUGAAUUUGCACAUAAUCUGUGAUUUGCACACUUAUUUUGUACAUAACAAAACUGUUGUGUCAUACUAGACAGAAAAUGAUUAUAGUUCUUCAAAAAGGGUUUUGUGUGUGCAAAUGUGAGCAUUCCACUACAGCUUACAAAAAAUAUUGGCUUUGCUUUAGAGCCGCUGAUGUAUAGACCUUGAUGAUAGUAAACUGGCAGAGAAUUAAAGGUAAUGAGUGUGGUUGGAUUAGUUUUGCACUGAUGACUUAAGGUAUCUAAUACAGUUUUCAUAUCAUUUGCAACUCCUUAUCCAUUUCUUAAAUAAGCAGCUUUUUAUGAAAUUGUCUUUUUAAAAUAGUUUUUGGUGCUUCAGAUUAAUUGCAAGUGAAAUCUCAGUUCUUCAGGCCAACUACAUUUAAAUGCUUGUAAUUAAGUAACCUUGAGAAUCCGUGUCAGACGGCCUUGCUCAGUCCCUUUCUUAUUGUGACCUAUCCUUGCUACCCAGAGCCCUUUUGGGAAAGCUGUUCAGGUGCAGCUCAUUGUAAUUUUCAGAGUAU